GAGAACAAGCUGUCACUUCCGCGUCGGGGUUGUGUUCAGUUGUGAUUGGAAGUUAAUGGAAAAGGCAUUUUAUUCAGGGCUUCCACCUCCUGAACACUUUCCUAAGCUUGUGUUUUAUUAUAAAUCCUGUGAAGACUGAGUACCGGACACAAGACGCGCAGCAAAGCGAGGAGAAAGCAAGCUCGGGGGUCUGUCAGUGGCUGCAGGGUAACUUAUGGAAGAUGGAUUUCCUCUGUGAAAUAGUUCAAGCCCUGGUCGCAUUGGCAGCUCUAGGUUUGAUUGUGGUGCUCGUUGUAGCACACGUCACUGCUAAGAUGGUGAACCUGACACGCCACGAGAAGGAGAAAUACUUCGUCACAGCCGAAGGAGAGAAGGAGCUUUUCCCCAGCUUGCAUGAUCCCCAUUCAAGGGAGCUGUCUGUAGUGAUCCCGGCCUACAACGAGGAGCUCCGCAUGCCUGUGAUGUUGGAUGAAGCUAUGGACUACUUGGAAGACAGACAGAAACAGCACCCCUCUUUUACCUAUGAGGUAAUUGUGGUUGAUGAUGGCAGCAGAGACAAAACCACAGAGGUCGCUUUGCGCUACAGUAGGAAGUACGGUGCAGAUAAAGUGCGGGUCCUGACGCUGGUGAAGAACAGGGGGAAAGGAGGAGCUGUGAGGAUGGGAACUAUGAGCUCCAGAGGGAAAGUCAUUCUGAUGGCAGAUGCUGAUGGAGCCACAAAGUUUUCUGAUAUUGACAAAGUGGAGGCUGGACUUAACAACCUCAACCCUAAACCGGAGAACAUGGCAAUUUCCUGUGGCUCCAGAGCUCACAUGGAGAAAGAGUCGGUAGCUCAGCGAUCCAUGUUUCGUACAUUCCUCAUGUAUGGCUUUCACUUCCUGGUGUGGUUCUUCUGUGUGAGAGGCGUCAAGGACACGCAGUGUGGCUUCAAGCUUUUCACACGCGAGGCUGCGCUCAAGACCUUCUCUUCUCUCCACGUAGAGCGAUGGGCUUUUGAUGUGGAGCUCCUUUAUAUCGCCCAGUGUUUUAAAAUCCCCAUAGCCGAGGUGGCGGUCAACUGGACUGAAAUAGAAGGGUCCAAGUUGAUCCCGUUCUGGAGCUGGCUGCAGAUGGGACUAGACCUGAUUUUCAUUCGCCUGCGUUACAUCACCGGAGCCUGGAAGCUGCAGUCACCAAAUAAGGCUGACUAGCCAAUCAGACAAUCCCUGGUGUCAUAGAGACAGCCUCUGACAGGGCCGUCAAACCUUUGGAUGAGGUGGGAUUAACAGCCGUGUCCAUCAUUCACUGUAAUCCAUAACAAAGUACAGUAUAUCACAUCCUUUUCCUCUCCAGGCUUCAUUGGAUGUGAAGAUGACACCGUUGUGAGUUCUUCAUGGUCCUGCCUUCUUUUUUUUUAAAUGUUGGCUUGUGAUGGCCACAGUUACGUGCAUAUUUCUGUUGCCACGGCGUACAGAGCAUCUGUAUGACUGGUCCGUGUACUAAGUUACUUAAUGUUUAUUUUGUGGCCAAUCGGUUGUAAGUGAGAAAGACUGUAAUGAAAUGUGAAGGAUCUGAGAAUCUGUGUCGGGAUUCUGACGAAUAGAAUGAAUGUUAAUAUAUGAGAUUUCAAAAGGGAGGGAUUGACUGUAUUUGUAAGGAAACAGGGACAUGGGUUGAUGGGUUGGGUGACUUGAACCAACAUUAAAAAAAUGUCAAUGAA